AUGUCUCUCACCACUGCGAAUCACCCUGAUGGCUCAGCCUUGCUGGAUGAUCCGACCCCAUAUCGCCAACUUGGCGGGUCUCUUAUGUAUCUACUGAUCACCCUGCCAAAUUUGUCCUUUGCGGUUAACAGGCUAUGCCAGUUCAUGCACAACCCCAUGCAGGAUCAUUGGGUGGCUCUCAAACACGUGUUGCGGUAUGUGAAGGGAACCAUGCACCAUGGUCUGCGUCUCAUGCCCUCUUCCUCGUCGGUGAUUCAUGCCUUUUCCGACUCCGACUGGGCUGGUUGCUCUGUUGACAGGAAAUCCAUUGCAGGCUACAUAGCAUUUCUUGGCCCGAAUCUACUCUCUUGGAUUUCCCAUAAGCAACGCACUGUCGCUCGCUCAUCCACCGAAGCGGAAUACAAGGCCCUCGUCGACGCUGCAGCGGAGGUCACUUGGAUACAAUCGCUUCUACGAGAACUCGAGUUGCUUCCGUCGAUGGUCCCAGUCCUGUGGUGCUAUAAUCUGAGAGCGACGUACUUGUGUUCCAAUCCAAUCUUCCACGCACGGACGAAACACGUAAAAGUGGACUACCAUUUCGUCCGAGACAAGGUUUCAUCCGGCGCCCUAAAAGUUAACUUUUCCUCAACCCAUGAUCAGUUAGGAGACAUUUUCACCAAACCCCUCUUUGCUACUCGGUUUAAUGAGCUUCGAGUCAAGCUGGGCAUUGUCCUAUGUCCCCCGUAA